AUGAAAUUCAGCAACAUUGCCCUCCUCGCACUCUCUUUUUUCACUCUCUCGGCUCUGGCAGCCCCUGUUCAGCAAGAAAAGCGUGGUCUAAAGAGCUGCUACAAGCAUGCCAAAUUGACACAAUACUGGAUCCCCAAAGAAGGCGACAAGGAUAUGACCAAUGAUGGCGAUAGUGUCACCUUGUCAGGAUCAAAGACGAAGAAGCUCAAGACCAAGAGCGGCAAGACCAUUGCCAAGGUAUCCAAGACGACCUAUGACAAAUUCCAAAUGGAAGGCACUGGUUUGCUCAAAAGCGGAAUCAUGGUCAAUUUGGAUGAAGGCAAAGAUAAAUUCAUGGAAGUCGACCGCAAGAAGGACCCUUAUGGUAUUGGCUCCGAUGACGAUAUCGCCCUUGAUCCUUGGGUGAGCGUGGCAUCCAACGAUCUUAAGCGUGGCACAACCUUGUAUGUCAAGGACCUCGAUGGUCUCAAGCUCCCUGAUGGCAAAAAGCACAAUGGCUGUGUACGUGUGGAUGACGAAGGCUGGAGCUUUGAUGAAUGUCAACUUGAUUUCUUUGUGCUCCAAUUCUCAGCCUAUCAAGAACUUGAUAAGAAGCUACCAGAAAAGGUGUCUGUCGAGCAAAAGGAUUGCAAGGUCCAAGAUUAUAUUACCAACAAGGUCCAAAAAUGGGCUGUUUUGAAAGGCAAAAAGAGUGAUGAUUGA